AAAUGGUGGACUUCAUGGAAGGAGAGGACCUGACUAAUCUGUAUAAAAGGCUCAUUCCAAGGUGGCAGUACAUCCAUGCUGCGUCUUAAUAUGGUAAAUUGUGAAGUGGUAACACAGCUACAAAUACAGGUGAGGCCGGCUCCUCACAUCGCUCAGUGCUUUGUGUCCACACUCAAUGGGAUCACUGUGGAGACAGCAAAGUCCCUGUUUCCAGACGGCCAGCCACACCGGUGUCAAGUUGCAUCCUCUUAUUUGUUGCCGUGGGAUUGGACGCGCCGACAGCAGCUCCACCCCCAAUAGUGAGAUUUGUGCCUCUGCAAACCAAACUCACCUGUGAUAUCUGGUCCAGCAACAACAGGCACUCACAUCAUCAGAGUCGAAACCUGAGCAAGCAGCACAAGAGAAGAUCUAUUGAAGAACUGAGCUCUGUACACCAUGGCCUCUGUGCGCUGUCACUCGGUACGUCAGCCGUCCUUCUCCAGCAUUUCUGUAAGGGACAGUGGACGCAGCAUCCGCUCCAAGCCUCCGGUCUCCGUCAGCACGCUGUCUCUGUCGCGCUCCAUCUCAAUGGGCAACGGCCUCAACAUGCUGGGCUCCAGCCUCUCCUUCAACGGCCUCAGUGUCGCGGCCAGCGACAAGGAGACCAUGCAGGGCCUGAACGACCGGCUGGCGAACUACCUGGACAAGGUGCGCUCAUUGGAGAGGUCCAACGCUGAGCUGGAGGUGAAGAUCAAGCAGCUCAUGUUGGAAAGGGCUCCGAAAGGGCAUGACAUUGAGGGGAUGAUGGCCCAGGCACACGCCAUCGGGCAAGAGGUGAGAAAGAAGACGCUGGAGAACGCCCGCAUCAUGCUGGAGAUUGAUAAUGCCAAGCUGGCUGCCGACGACUUCAGGGUCAAAUGGGAGGCGGAGGCCACCUUGUGUCAGUCAGUAGAGAGAGACUGUCAGGCUCUGAGGAGGGCAAAGUCUGACCAUGACCAGAUCAUCGCCACUCUGCGAGGAGACCUGGACAGCCUGAAGGAGGAGCUUUACUUCCUCAAGAAGAAUCACGAUGAGGAGAUGAACUCUCUGAAAGCUCGUCUGGCCAACGAGCAGGUCAGUGUGGAGGUGGAUGCAGCUCAGGGUCCUGAUCUGGGGGCCAUCAUGGCUGAGCUGAGGGUCCAGUAUGAGGGCAUCGCUCGCAAGAACAAGGACGAGGCUGAGACCUGGUACCUCAAGAAGUUGGAGGCAGUGCAAUCGGAGGUCAAAGAAAGCAACGAGGCUUUGCGUUGUGCCCAAAGUGAGCUCAGUGAGAGACGGCGUUUCCUGCAGGCUUUGGAGGUCGAACUGGACAGUCUGCGUAAGCAGGUAGGUGUGUUGGAGGGAAACCUGGGAGAGACCGGGCACAAGUACUCCGUGGAGAUGGACCGUCUUCAGGCGACUCUUACGCAGCUGGAGGAUGAGCUGUCUCAGCUGCGUUUGGACAUGCAACGGAACAAGACCGACUACGAGCAGCUGCUGCGCAUCAAACAGAACCUGGAGAUGGAGAUUGCCACCUACAGGAGGCUGCUGGAAGGAGAGGAGAUGGUGAAAGAAAUCCCUCCACCUCCUAAAAAAGACCCUGAGGUAAGGACCAGGAAGAUUGUAAAAGUCGUUACCCAGACCAUGAUCAAUGGCAAGGUGGUGGAUGAGUCCAGCGAGGUGGAGCAGAUUGAGGAGCGCAAGAAAUGAGCCUAGUUGUGUGCAGAGAGGAAUAAUGUGUCCAUAAUUCAUCCCAAAAUGCCUGCUGGCUUUAGGUCUUUUUUUUGUCUGAUGUUUUACUUAUUUUGCAUUGUGUUUUAAUGCCUUAAGCUUGCUCAAUAUAACACUGAAAUAAAUUAAAAAUAAAAUUCAAAAAUAGUCAUUUUCAGCAAUAUGAAACUGUAUAUUUCUUUAUAUACAAUUCGUUGAAUGAAAGGAGAAAACUUGUAAUGUUAAUGUAAUAAUCCUCUGAAAUGUUAGAAUAGUCGGUGCGAUUAUGCGCGUCCAAAGAAAAUGCCUUCAGAUUGUGCCAGCACUUCUUUGGACACUUCAAUAACAGUAAUAAUGACCUCACUUGAUCAGACAAAGAAUCUUGGUCCACUUACGAGCUGCUUGAGGGUUUGAUUGACACAUUUAACACAGCUUACACAUCUCACGCGUCUUCCUCAGCAGAUGGAGUUUCAAAAUGUGAAGCAAAGCUAGUCAUCUGACCAUGUCUUUGUUUCCAGGGUCGAGAAUGAUCUUUCACACUAAACCUUUAAAGGAAUAGUUUGCCUAGAUGAGAAGGUUGAUGCCACUCUCAUGUGGUAUGACAAAUAUGUGGGUGUAGUUUUAGGUAGGUUAUCUUAGCAGACUGUCAUCUAUGAGGACUGAAAACCAGGAUAAGCCACUAGCCUCUUUUGUCCAGCAGUAAUAAAGUCUGUCUACCAGCAUCUCUGAUGCAUACUAAUAAACACAUUAUAUCUGAUUUAUAUAAAAAAAUAAACUGUCAAAGUCUUUAUGCUAAGCUAAGCUAACCAGCUGCUGGCUGUAGGUUCAUAUGAGAGCAGUAUCAAUCUAUUUAUCUUGUUUCAUUUUAAGAGUAUUUUCUGAGAUUGUGAACUAUUUCCUUAAUUAUUAUGUCCGAGGUUUUGUGAAAGGUUACAGCAAAUGUAAUUGAUUGAAAAUGAAUCUUCAUUGUAUGCAAAACUGUUUCCUGUAAAACAUGUCUUGACCCUGUAACAUCUCCUGUGUAUGCGCGAUAGUUUCUGUGUGAAAUAGUGACGAGAGUAUUGUGAUGUGCUGUAGUUUUGUGAUAGAAAUAAAACAAAUCAACCAAAGCCAAUGUACAGUGUCAAUAAAACACAGUGUUUAUGAGUUUAUAUAAGUGUCCCCGUCAUUUUUACAGAGAUUUCAGCUCAAACAGAAACUUCAGCUGAUACUGGAGGAACAUGAUACGAGGGAGGAACAAAGAAACAUAUGAUUCUGCACCAAGAGGGCAGAAACUACCAAACCAAACAUAUAGUAGUAUCAGGUAACAGGCUUUUGUGUACAGUGUUGUGUUUCAGGGUCUUUCUCUGAGAGUUUGCGUGCACAUGUACAUGCAGCUUAAAAAAUAAUUAAAGGAAUGUUGGGAUACAAAUGCUGGAAAUACAGUUCAGGUGUGGACAAAGUGUGAUGGAGCUGCACGAGACAAGCUAGAAGGGCCAGAGCAAAAUCUUAGACGACAGUGAAUAAAAGCCACUGUGCUGUUAUUCUAGGUUACUGAGAUUGCAUAGGACCACUUGAGAUGUCAUGGAAACACGGAGACAAUGGGCGCACAGUUCAGCGACAAAAGUUCCAAAUCAUGUUUCUCACGUGAGACUUUUCAGUGGUCGACUUCAAGGAUUCUUGUGAUUGUUAUCGUGAAACUUUUCUUCCUUGAAACUGUGACUCAUGAAAUUUGAUCAAACACAAAGAGUUGAAUAGCUCAUCACCGAAGCAUGUAGCUCCUCAGAUGCAGUUUGAGCGAUGACAAAGAUUGAGCAGUUUGCGUUAUACAUUAUGGUGCAUAAAGCUUGUGUGUGUGUGUAUUUUGGGUAUUUAUUUGUAACUUGGUGCUGUAGAAACACAGUUUUAAUAGAAUUUGAAAGCUGUUGUUACUUUAGCAUUCAUUUGGUGCAGUUUCAUGUCAAUGUGAAUACCCUAUAGCUUGUCACGCCAUUGUGAAAAGUUUUACUGAGAUUCUUAAGGAGAUGCAGUCGAAACACCAAAAUUCCCACAGUCUGAUGUCACAGAUAAGUCUGAGUCUGGAACACACCGAAACAGACGGUGAACGAUGUUGUUUUUGUCACCUUGAUGAAAUCCUUGUAA